GUUUCAUCCAAGCGGCGGCAACUAGUUCUAGUCCAGUUCCCCAACUUCCCGAUGUACACGAACUAUUAAGUGAGGCUACUAUGGAUUCAUCACCAAGCAGGACUCUUCCUUCCAUUCGACCUCUUCUUCCACACCAUUUUUCCUGGAGUUAAAUAAACCACAAGACGCGCCUAUCGGUAUGCUACUGACCCAAUAGAGAGACCGGACAAGCCAGGAACCCGAGCGGGAGUUGAAUCGAUACCCGGCGAGGGUCGAUGUGAGAUGGAUUAUGGUUUGAGUUGACCUGGUGGCCUCGCGUCAUGCCGACGUAUCAUGAUGCAUUGGGACGGAUGAUGCUUUCAAUUUGCACAUCCAGAUACAGGGCAGCUACAUGUACUUGGGAACAUACCUACCUCUAUGCCUAGGUCACCUUGUCCUCCCUGUUGAACAACACGUCGGUUCCCCAUCUCUCAACAUCUGUGGAAAUUUGAUCAUAGGCAGUGGACAUCCAUCAACAUGACGCCCUGGAAGUUACCAUCCACCGCCGGAAGAUCUGUUGGAAUUCUCGGGGCCGGCGUCCUGGGUCGUCGAAUCGGCGCCUGCUGGGCAUCGGCCGGCUACCAAGUCCACAUCAGGGACCCAGACCCUCGACAGACGAACGCGGCGUUGCAGUACAUCACCAGCGAGCUAUGGAGAUACAAGCCCAUCGUUGAUCCGAACACCAUCAGCGUUCGUGGCUUCCAGAAUAUGGAACACGCCGUGGAGGAUUCUUGGCUGGUUAUCGAAUGCGUACCCGAGAAAUUGAACAUGAAAAUCGAUUUGUUUGCCGAACUCGAAAACAUCACCCGGCCGGAUGCCAUCCUAGCCUCAAACUCCUCCUCCUACAAGUCCCGCGAGAUGACGGCCAUGGUCAAGCCAGAGACGGCUCAACGAAUGCUGAACACCCACUACAUGGUCCCGCCGACCAUCCGUAUCGUCGAGCUCAUGACGAGUGGUUCUACGCGACCCGAGAUAUUUCCCUUCCUCUUGAACCACUUCAGAGCGUCAGGCAUGAUGCCGGUGAUUGCACACAAGGAGUCGACUGGUUUCAUCCUGAACCGCGUUUGGGCAGCCAUCAAGCGCGAGUGUCUCAUGGUGCUGGCUGAAGGCGUGGCUUCUCCCCAAGAACUCGACGCUGUCUGGACCGAGAUGUUUAUCGAGAACGGUAGUCCACCCUGCACUCUGAUGGACUCGGUCGGCCUAGAUACCGUUUCGCUCAUCGAGAAGCACUACAUCCAAGAGCGUGGCCUGCAGGACAGAGGUGUCUUGCCCUUUCUACAAAAGUACAUUGACGAGGGCAGACUCGGAGCCAAGAGCAGCAAGGGCGGUCUUUACCCUCCUAAUCACACCGUCAAGACGGCUAACCAGGAACAAGCCAGUUACGACAAUCUGCAUGUUCCGUCCUUGUACUUUUUGGAUAUUGGAUGGAACAAUGAUCCGGAUGACGUCGGGUUCUACAGGAAGGGCCGCAUUUUCGUGGGAAGUGCGGAUGGAAGAUCUCCGCUCAAGGUAAUCGCCCAUCAUCUGCCGAUGCCAGAUGGAAUCGCCCUCUCCCAGAAGGCUGGCAAGAUAUUCUGGACCAACAUGGGCACUCCCGGUCAAAACGAUGGUUCCAUCAUGUCGUGCAACCUGGACGGCACUGGCGCACGGGUCAUCAUCCCCCCCGGCGCCGUUCACACACCCAAGCAGUUGUCUGUCGACCAGGAGAACGAGGUGCUUUAUUUCUCUGAUCGAGAGGGCAUGCGAGUCUUCCGUUGCGGCGUUGAUGGAUCCAAUCUCCAGACUCUCGUCCGCGCUGGCGACUGGAGGAAGGGGAUAGAUGACCCUACUUUGUGGUGCGUAGGUAUCACUGUCUCAGCUCGAGAGGGCAAGUUCUACUGGACCCAAAAGGGACCGCCCAGGGGCGCCAAAGGACGCAUUUACCGGGCCUCCAUCGAGAUGCCCCAGGGAUUUGGUGCUUCCAACAGACCGGAUGUUGAGGUGGUUUUUGAUCACCUGCCGGAGCCGGUUGACCUCGCGAUGGACGAGGAGGGCAGCGCUCUGUAUUGGACUGACCGUGGAGAGCUGCCGAACGGCAAUACUUUGAACCGGGCAGCUUUGAAUCCGGAUGGGUCAUUCAGCAAGCAUCAGGUCCUCGCGCGGAAUCUGCAUGAGGCGAUUGGACUGGCCAUUGAUAAAAAGAACAGGUACAUCUAUGCUACAGAUCUCGGCGGUGCGGUCUAUCGGUUCAACAUGGACGGCAGUGGUAAACAGACAAUUUAUGAAGACCAGGGAGCGUUUGCGGGCAUUGCUUUGCUAGAACAGGCCGUUCCCAGUUCGAGCUUGUAGGUUGAGAAGACAACCAAGAGCAUCGAGUGUGUAACUACCUAGGUGUGUUAGGUAGGUAGUCUGCAGCCAGCUAGAAUAGGAAGCCCCCUUUUAUUCUUGUG